GAAUUAUUCUGGAAUAUGUACAAGGUGAUAAGCCAAAGACCAGAUCUAUAGAUCUACUUGAUCUUAGGCCUGACACAGAUGUCAUAGCCUUAGUAGAAGAAAUUCAGAAAGCAGAACCUCUUGUCACCACUUCAUGCAAGGAACACGUCAUACACGUAGUACAAAGACUGCAGGAGAAGCUAGGGGAAAAAGAGGAUCACAAAUUCCAUCUUUUUAAGGUACUUAGAGCACAUAUAUUGCCACUGACUAAUGUAGCAUUCAACAAAUCUGGUUCCUGCUUUAUCACUGGAAGCUAUGACAGAACCUGCAAAGUAUGGGAUACUAUGUCAGGAGAGGAGCUGCACGUGCUGGAGGGACACAGAAACGUCGUCUAUGCAAUAGCUUUCAAUAAUCCCUAUGGUGACAAGAUUGCCACUGGAUCUUUCGACAAAACCUGCAAACUGUGGAGCACGGAAACAGGAAAAUGUUACCAUACUUUCAGAGGACACAGUGCAGAAAUAGUAUGUUUAUCAUUUAAUCCUCAGAGCACGUUGGUGGCGACUGGAAGCAUGGAUGGCACUGCCAAAUUAUGGGAUAUAGAGAAAGGAGAAGAGAUGGUCACUUUAAGUGGGCACUCGGGAGAAAUUGUUGCCUUGUCUUUCAACACCACUGGAGAUAGGAUUAUCACUGGCUCCUUCGACCACACAGUAGCAGUGUGGGAUGUUGGCACUGGCAGAAUGUUACAUACUUUAGUAGGUCACCGAGGAGAGAUCAGCAGUGCACAGUUCAACUGGGACUGUUCUCUCAUUGUCAGUGGAUCAAUGGACAGAACAGCGAUGCUGUGGAAUGCCGUGACUGGGACACAGAUAGCAACUUUAACAGGUCACAGUGAUGAGAUAUUGGAUGUCUGCUUCGAUUAUGUGGGCCAGCGCAUCGCUACCGCCUCCGCCGACGGAUCAGCAAGAGUCUAUAAUGCAGAAACAAAACAGUGCAUUGCAAAGCUAGAAGGGCACGGAGGUGAAAUUUCAAAGAUAUGUUUCAGCCCUAAAGGCAAUCGUAUACUAACAGCCAGCUCUGAUAAAACUGCUCGACUCUGGGAUGCUGCCACUGGACACUGCCUUCAGAUAUUAGAGGGUCAUGCUGAGGAGAUAUUCUCCUGUGCUUUCAAUUACAAAGGUGAUAUAAUCAUUACAGGGAGCAAGGAUAACACCUGCAGAAUAUGGCGCUGA